UACGUCUCUGCGGAAGCCGUCUCGCUUUCUGUCGCCAUGGCGCGCAUGAACAGGCCCGCGCCUGUGGAGAUCACCUACAAGAACAUGAGGUUCCUCAUCACCCACAACCCCACCAACGCCACCCUCAACAAGUUCAUCGAGGAGCUGAAGAAGUACGGCGUGACCACGGCAGUCCGAGUGUGCGAGGCCACGUACGACACCGCCAUGGUGGUCAAGGAGGGCAUUCAAGUCCUGGAUUGGCCGUUUGACGACGGAGCUCCUCCCUCCACCCAGAUUGUCGAUGAUUGGCUCAACCUGCUCAAACUGAAGUUCCGAGAAGAACCCGGCUGCUGCGUCGCCGUGCACUGCGUGGCCGGCCUUGGCAGAGCUCCCGUCCUGGUCGCCCUCGCCCUCAUCGAAUGCGGCAUGAAAUACGAAGACGCUGUCCAGUUCAUCCGACAGAAGCGUCGCGGAGCGUUCAACAGCAAGCAGCUCUUCUACUUGGAGAAGUAUCGUCCAAAGAUGCGUCUCCGCUUCAAAGACUCCAACAGCCAUCGCAACAACUGCUGCAUCCAGUAGAGCCAAGCUCCGCCCCCUUAACCCCUCCUGUCAUUGUGUUGAAAGUACUUUAGUAUCCUUCAGGCUCAAAUGUUAACCGUUAGAUUUCAAGUUGUGAGUUUAUGUUUGAGAUGGGGAGAGAUUUAGGUUUACAUGUCCUGAGAAAAGACGUGCACGUUGCCUUCCUUCAUGGUCACACGGUCGCUCCCAUCAAUGCCUUACAAGCAGCUGGGGUCACGUCCCCCCUUUUCCCCCGACCCUGCCGGCAUUUUUUUCUACCGGUCCCAACAAGGAAACGCUGCCUUUGUCUCGUGCAGGAAGUCCUCCACCUCCCAACGUGCGUAACUCUUUUUAAUAUUCCGGCUUACUGUUGCUAUUUUGUUUACUAAUGAACUGCCACCAUGUUUGUUUUCCCUCUAACUGGACUUCCUUUUUUGUACGCCUUUUUCAUUUGAUGUCCCCCCCCCCCCCAAUUAAGACAUGCUGAUUUGAUGUACGUGAACAUGUGGACUAGUGGGCUAUUUAUACUAUCCAUGGAUGUGAGUGAUGAUUUAGUACUGAGCGGCAAACUUGUACCUUGUUCACCCAACUUGUGACAAAUCUAUUAAAGUCAUACAACGUCAA